AUGGGGGACGCCGGCCCCCAGACACCGCCGUUGGGCUUGACAGAGGGCGCUGCCGCGUUGGACUCGCUAGGGUUGCAGGAUGCACCUCCGCCGAGGGAGAUCAAAGUCCUCGUUACGGGAUUCGGGCCGUUCAAAUCUUUCCUCAUCAACCCGUCAUGGCUCAUCGCUUCUGCUCUCCCCAGCGAACUUUACCCGUCGACGAACCCGUCAGCUCCUCGCGCAUAUAAAAUCACCCUCAUAGUCCAUCCAUCAGCGAUCCGCGUCUCCUACAGCACAGUCUCCAAGAUCGUGCCAUCCUUGAUCUCGCAGCACGACCCGGACUUCAUUCUUCACAUCGGCGUCGCCGGCGGACGCGAUUGCUAUUCCCUGGAAACCCGUGCACAUCGCGACGGGUAUCGGAUAAAAGACGUUGACGACGCGGAUGGAUUUCCCCGGAGUGAGAGUCACUGGAAGAAAGAAGGGGUGCCGGAUCUCCUGUCUGUGGGUUGGGAUGAAUCUGAAGUGAUGAGGAGAUGGGAGCGCGGGGUCCAGACGGGCCUCAAGGAGCGUGGAUUUCUAGGGCCUGUGUCGCAAACGGACUCCACCACGUUGACAACUAGUACGUCUUCUCCCUCACUUGACAAUGCUGUGGGCUUGAACGCGAACUCGAACUCGAUAUGGGGCUCAAGCACCACCGCGACCAAUAUUGCCGCUGCCGUUGCCACAGCAAGAGCGGAAGGACAUAGGAGAAGGGGCGUGGUUAAGUUGUCGCGCGAUGCCGGCCGGUUUCUAUGCGAGUACGCACUCUUUGAAAGUCUGAGUUUUCGCUGGAUCGAUGCUCAUCGGUAUAUACACCCACAUUCACACCCACAUCAUCAGCACACAAAGACAGAGGCAGAGGCCAAAACCGAAGCCGAAGCCCAAGCCCAAGCCGAGUCCGAGGUCGACGUCGAGGUCGAGGCGCGCAAGAAACAGCUCGCUCUUGAACGUCUCGGCAAAGUCGCCUUCCUGCACGUUCCGGGCUGGACGGGCGUCGAAGACAUCAACCGCGGGCUCCUAGUCGCAGAAGAAGCCAUCCGCGCCCUCAUCGGGAGCUGGGAGGAUGGGUUCCGCAAGAACAUGGGCGUUGGCUCUGGCGCUGGUCCUGGCUCUGGUGUCGUAGAGGUGCCGUUGGAUGGGCGAGCGUUUACUACCCAGCAUUCCGAGUCUCACGGUCAGGGCUAG